CCUGGUUACCAUAGAGACGAAUAAGAGCGGCAGAACCGGAAGUCCCGCCCUUUCCCUCCGCGCUCGUACGGCUGUGUUCCGGCUCGUCGUGUGAAAUGCCGCGCAAGAUAGAAGAAAUCAAAGAUUUCCUGCUUACAGCGAGGAGGAAGGAUGCGAAAUCCGUCAAGAUCAAGAAGAACAAGCAGAACGUGAAGUUUAAGGUCCGCUGCAGCAGGUACCUCUACACGCUGGUGAUCACGGACAAGGAGAAGGCUGAGAAACUGAAGCAGUCCCUGCCGCCAGGUCUGGCUGUUAAGGAGCUGAAGUAGACGUCUCGCUUGUACAAAAAAAUGUUGUAAUAAAAACUUAAGAAAACCAAAA